UUGAGGUUAUGUUGAUCAAAUAAGCUUAUUUCUACUCAAAAAUGAGUUGUGAGUAUUUGUCUAAAACCAUAACUUUGAAGGAUUUUGAUCGAAUUUGCCGGACUUGUCUCGGAGACAACCAAAUAAGUCCUAUCAUGGAUACACUAAUUGGGGACCUCAAAYCAGUGGAAUUGCUCGACUCUUGUGUGACAUUAAAAGUGGAAAAAACUGAUUUUUUGCCUCAAAAUAUCUGUGAAUCAUGUCUGAAUGAACUUUACCGUUUUUACACGUUUAAAAAACAGUGUCGUGAUAAUGAAGCCGUAUUGAAAUUAUUUCUUGAAGAGUCGUCCCAACCUGAGGAGAAAUACGACCCUGAAGAGGAAUUUUCAUUCAACAUAACUAAAGAAGAAGAGAAAGAAGUUGAAAAAACGCCAGAAAACCACGACGAAAGCCCCAAAAAGCGGAGAUACACCGAACCGAAAGUCCACAAAUGUGAAAUCUGCAAUAAAAUCUUCACUCGUAGCAAACUCCGCCAACACAUGCGCACCCACACCAAGGAGAAGCCCUACACGUGCGAAAUCUGCUUCCAAAGUUUCAGUAUGCAGGGCAAUUUGAAACGCCACAAAAUGAUUCACACAGGGGAACGCCCCCACGUGUGCUCCACCUGUGGCCGGGGCUUCAUCCAAUCCACGUCGCUCCACGCCCACGAGAAAGUCCACGCCCAGGAAGAACAACUCUCGGUUGCCAAGAGCGACCCAAUGAAAUUCCUCUGUUCGUACUGUGGGCGUGGCUUCAAACGCUUCGGCCGCUACAACGCCCACUUGGCGAAACACACCUCCUGGACGAAAUACGUCAAGAAACAGGAACCGGAAGAAGUGCGUCAACACAUUUGCGAGAUUUGCUCGCGAGGUUACAAAACCAAAAACUUGUUAAAAGCCCACAGUUUGACACACGGGGAGAAAUCCUUCCUGUGCAACGAAUGUGGCAAAGGGUUUUUCACAAAGGCGGCAUUGGAGUCACACCUCCGAGUCCACACGGGGGAAAAACCCCACACGUGUCUCAUCUGUCAAAAAUCCUUCGCCCAUGUGGGCAGUUUUGARGCCCAUGUCUUAAUUCAUUCAGGAUUUAAACCCUACGAUUGCAACUAUUGUUGCAAAUCCUUCACACAACUGUCACACUUGACCUACCAUCUGAGGACACAUAGCGGCGAAAGGCCCUUUUCGUGCACUUUCUGUGGCAAAAGCUUCGCCCUUAAGGGCAACUUGACAGUACAUGUGAGGACACACACGGGGGAGACGCCCUAUCUGUGCCCCAUUUGUGGAAAGGGAUUCUACGACUCCAGCAGCAUGAAAAAACAUCAGCGCAACCACAGGGAGCCCCCCACGCAACAAACGUCAGAUAUUGUAUCAUAAAUAAAUUUCGUAACAUGAAAUUGUGUUUUAUUACGGGUUAAGAGGUGAAAGACAKAAAAAAUCGUCUGGUUGCUACCCAACAGAAUUAAUAAUAGCAUGACAUGUGUUUGUUACCAUGGAUACGUACGUAGUCGCUAUGGUAAUGCAACUG